GUCAUUGUCAACAUCUUCCGUAGAUAGUUGGAUUGAGCAGGACGUAUUUUAUAUACAAGUGCAUAUUGAACUGUAUGAAAUAAAUCCAGGUGCCCUUUGCGCAGCUGCGUAAUCUGCAGAGAAAAUCAAUGACUAUUUAUUACUGUGAAACGUUGUUUAUUAAGAUGGCGUGCAUCGCUUAUCAGUGAACGUGUACUUUGUUACUUGACUAAAUUGUUUGUGCGUAUCACGAUAUUCGAGUUGGUAGUGCAGUGUGGAUUACAAAACUACAAUGAGUGACCCACAGAUGAAUUUUAACUACGGCAGUAACAUGCCAAUGCCGAGCAAUAUUGGCAUGCCGCCGCAUGAUCCGGCGUACCAUUAUACUCCUCCAGGAAUGCAUCAAAUGUCUGGGGUUCAGGCCAACCAGCCUCCUCCGGUGCCGCCCAGGAUAGACUUGAACCAAGCCCUUGCUCAACCGUCCUAUGGGGGGAUGGGGGCUUAUGGAGGAAUGGGGGGCUAUGGUGGGAUGGGAGGCUAUGGAGGAAUGGGAUCUUAUGGAGGCAUGGGAUCCUAUGGAGGAAUGGGUAUGGGAAUGGGAGGAUAUGGCGGCUACGGAGGUAUGGGUGGUUACGGAAUGGGAGGGAUGGGGGGUAUGUAUGGGGGCUACAACCGAUUCAUGGACAGCUAUGAAACCAGGAUACCUACCCUGAAAAGUCUACUUGAGCCUUGUAAGAGAAACCGAAUGAUGUUCGAAGAUUAUUUUAAAGCAGCAAACUUGUUGGAGGCGGCAAAACAUAACCGAACUCCGUGGAAGUUGAUAGAUGACGACCCUACUGGCGAAAAAUUUGGGUUCAUACAGAUGGCAGAGGAGCGGUCGCGUCCAGCCUUCGAGUCCAUCCAGAGCCUGGUGAAUGCUGUCGGCAGCGUGGCCAUGAUGCUGGAGAGCACCUUCUUCGCUAUGACCAGCUCAUUCAGAGCUGUUUUGGGGGUGGCAGAAAACGUCGGUCGUCUGCGAUCACUCUUCGCACAAUUCUGGUCCACCUUCGCAGUGGUACGGACCCUGAACUGGAUCAUUAGGAAGCUGAUGGUGCUCAUCGGGAUCAGGACUGAGAAUGAAUUCCAGGCCUGGGCCGAAGCUGUCGCCUCAACACAGCAAAACGGCCUCCCCGCCCAAGGACCUCAAGGCAUCCGCUACUCCGGAUGGCCAGUGAUCAUGUUCUUCGCCGUGGUAGCCGCCGCGCCGUACAUUGUGCUGAAAAUGAUGACCAGACUCAAUUCUACCAUUCAGGAGACUUUGGCUGACCCAACAACGUGGCAGAACCCGCCAAAGGCGAUCGCCAACUACACCUUCACGGCCACAUCUCCUCAGGAGCUCACCGUCCAGGAGAACCAGAUCUUCCACGUGGCUCCCACACACCUUCAACAGCAUUUAAUGAACUCUGGCUGGCUGAUGGCUACCACAGACGGAAAGACCGCUGGUCUAGUGCCUGUUAAUUAUUUUAAAAUUAUAACGCCUGCCCCAACUGAACAAAAUCAAGGAGACAACCCUCAAAAUAUUGCCCCUCCUCCUGGUUUAGAGAAGAAGACCUCUUAAAUACUUGCUUAGGAGAGGAAUUGUCGUUUUUGCGAUGGGUAGAUGGCAGCACUGGCGAGUUUGGCAGCUUGUGAUUGUUAUUUGGAAUGGAUCUAAUGACCUAACUCGCCACUAGCGCCACUGCAAGUUGUAAAACUACGAUAAUCUCUUAGGUGAUAGGUAUUUUUCAAUUAUCGUAAUUGUAAUUUAAGUAUUUUUCCCAAAAUAUAAUGACUGCCGACUCCAGCCGUUGAUUUGCUAUGUCCUGCAUAUUUUUUGAAUGAAAAUGUCUGACGCUGACAUACGAUAUGUGAAAAACGAUUGUUUCGAACGAAUACCUUUAAUUAUAAAUGCAAAUAUCAACCUUAGUUCACUUGAAAUAAGGUUUAAAAUAUAUGAAUGUGGCAAGUCUGAUGAAACUAUACAGUAAUGUCAACAUUAUGCCGUUUAAAAUAAAGGUGAAAGUAGAUCAAAAUAUUGUGAACUUACAACAUUGCAUAGCAAAGUACACUGUCACUAGCUUAACCUUAUUUUAAACCUUAAUAUUGUUAUACUUAAAGUAGAUAUUUGCUUGAGAAAAAACCAAGUAACAAUGAUAUUUUCUAAAUAAAAUGUAUGGAGUAAGACCUAAGUAAUACUCGACUUGACUUGGAAUUGUAAGAAGACUGUAAUAGUGUGCUGAUUCGGCGUUUAGCCAGUUCGACUGGAUUUUUGGAUAGAUAUUUAGGAAGGGAUUUAAAGAAAAGCUUAGAAAUUGGUAAAAUUAUUAACAUAAUGCAAUUAUGUAGCUGAAAAGGACUUCGGCCGUUUUCUCAGCGUUCUUCGUUCAACCAAUUAAAACCAUUAGUAUGAGUUUGCUUUCUGUUUAAAGUAAUCGAAACGAGAGCGCGUUCGACGCUUUGAUUGGUUGGUUUAUUCGCCGGCCAAUCAGAGCGCCGAACGGUCUCUCGUUUAACGUAAAGCAAAUUCGUACUAAGGGUACAGAUUUAAUAAGGUGGCCUAAUUUUUAAGCCCACCAUUUUAUUUUCAUUAAACUUUAAUCGACAACGAUGAUUGAGUGUUCCAACAUUAUUUUGAUAAUAAUUACAGGACGAAUUCUAUAUCAAAAUCAAUUAUAAUACAUAAUAAUUAAUAAAACUAUGAUUAAAAAUCGUACCCUUUUCAAAAUGAUUUUUAAUUUGAAAAAGAGAAAAGAGUGUUGAUAAUAUAAAUGUGAUAAAAGUCACAAAAAUAAUUUUACCUGUGAUUUAAUUUGACCGAAACGAUUUCGCGAAAGCCCUUGCUUUAAGCGGGUAGGCAGUGUUAGUUGUAUUUUAUCGUUUGUCUUUACGGUAGUUUUGAAAGCAUUGUCCAAUUCAGGGAUUUCUUUUAUUUUUACGUAAUUUUUAUUUAUUCGUCUAUUAUAUUCUGUCUCCAAUGAUUGACGUUUGAUUCAUUCCAAAGUAAGAUUUCGUUUUUGCAAUGAAUUUUAGGGUCCAUUUUCGUUAGGACACCAAAACGAAUCGGGAGAAAAUACCGUUUUGGUAAUGAAUUGAAUCAAUGAACUAAACAGAGGGAUCAUUGAUUCAAUUCAUUACUUGGCGGUGGCAACACAGUGUCCUAAAACAUUUAGACUCUGAGUGUGUCCCUGAUACUCUAUUCAAUGAAAAUCUUGUAUGUGUCUAGAUGUAAGUUUAGAAUAAGUAGGUGUCUAUAUUAUAUUUCUAUGCAUUUUACCUUUACACUGCGUUUGUAUUAUUCGGUACUAUGGAAUGGUGUAGGUGCAAUUAAUUUGUUUUAAUUUAGUUCAUUUUAUUAGGAAAUUCAUUGGGUAUAAAUUUUCGUGGUCUAAAAAUUAUUUUUAUCCGAGAUCUAUUGUAGUUAUAUGGGUGGUUAUAGGCGAUGACGGAAUCACGUCGGAACUUCUGCGAGCGGGUGGAAAACCGAUACUUUUAGUCCUCCAGAAGCUAUUCAAUUCCGUCAUACUCGAGGGAACCACGCCGGCAGCAUGGCAACGGAGUGUGGUGGUUCUGUUCUUUAAAAAAGGCGACAACUGUCUGCUAAAGAACUACAGACCUAUCUCACUUCUGAGCCAUGUGUAUAAGCUGUUUUCGAGGGUCAUCACGAACCGUCUCGAACGCAGGCUUGAUGACUUCCAGCCUCCCGAACAAGCCGGAUUCCGAAAAGGUUUCAGUACCAUAGACCACAUUCAUACGCUGCGGCAGGUUAUACAGAAGACCGAGGAGUAUAACUUGCCACUAUGCUUGGCGUUUGUGGACUAUGAGAAAGCCUUCGAUUCAAUCGAAACCUGGGCGGUGCUGCAGUCUCUCCAGCGGUGCCACAUCGACUAUAGAUACAUCGAGGUUUUGAAGUGUUUGUAUAACAACGCCACCAUGCGCAUCCGACUCCAGGAAGAGACUACGAGGCCAAUCCAGCUGCGGAAGGGCGUGAGACAGGGAGACGUUAUAUCUCCGAAACUGUUCACGAACGCACUGGAGGACGUUUUUAAGCUCUUGGACUGGAGCGGACGCGGCAUCAACAUUAAUGGCGAAUACAUCACUCAUCUCCGUUUCGCCGAUGACAUAGUCGUAAUGGCAGAGUCGCUGGAAGAGCUGAACACCAUGCUCAGCGACCUCAAUACCGUUUCCCAACAGGUGGGCCUUAAAAUGAACAUGGACAAGACGAAAAUCAUGUCAAAUGUCCAUGUUGCACCUAUACCGGUUGUCGUUGGGAGCGAUAUACUCGAAGUUGUAGACCACUACACAUACCUGGGUCAGAUCAUCCAGCUAGGUAGGUCCAACUUCGAGAAAGAGGUCGCUCGAAGAAUCCAACUCGGAUGGGCAGCAUUUGGGAAGUUGCAUGAAGUCUUCUCAUCAAAAAUCCCGCAGUGUCUGAAGACCAGGAUGUACAACCAGUGUGUGUUGCCAGUGAUGACGUACGGUACCGAGACAUGGUCCCUAACUGCUGGCCUUUUAGAAAGGCUCAGAGUCGCCCAGCGCGCGAUGGAGAGAGCUAUGCUCGGAGUAUCUUUGCGCGACAAAAUCCGAAAUAUGGAAAUUCGCCAAAGAACAAGAGUUACAGACAUAGCUCUCAAAAUAUGCAGGCUGAAGUGGCAAUGGGCAGGCCACGUCGCUCGGAGGACUGAUGGCCGCUGGGCCAGGAAGGUGACUGAGUGGCGACCGCGGACCGGAAGACGCAGCGUGGGCAGACCUCCCACUAGGUGGACCGACGACAUCGUCAGAGUGGCGGGGAGCCAGUGGAUGCAGGUGGCGGCUUGUCGUUCUACGUGGAGGACCAAGGGGGAGGCCUUUGUUCAGCAGUGGACGUCUCUCGGCUGAUGAUGAUGAUGAUGAUUGUAGUUAUAAUGUCUACUGCUAAUUAUGGAAUAUUUGGCGAAUAAUGCCAUGUUUUUUGGUCAAUAGAUUAGGCAGAUCGACUAUGUAUUUUCAUAUUUUGAUAUCAUAAUGCGCACUCAAUCUUUACUUGUUUUUAAGACGUAGCCAACACAUCUCAUAUACAAAAUAUGAAGUGGAUCACUACAAUACCAUCACGUUUGUGGCGUUUAGGAGCAAUCCGUUUACACCAUGUAUAUCGCUCUGAUGAAAUGGGCUCAAAGAUGCUAUGUAAAUCCUGGC